GGAAACUUUGGUUGCAUAAGAAUAUUAUAAAAGAACGGUGCAUUUGAAUGCGUUUGUGUACUUAGAUCAGUUAGUUCGUUUCGUGUGAUCGUCAUUAUCUUGUGGGUGUCUAAUAACAUUAUUUUGAUUCAAAAUGAAAUUGAUCGUAUCCGUAGUUGUGUUCUUUACCUUAUCGCUAGCCUAUGCUGCACCUUUGGAAGAUUCAGAAGCUCAAAUAGUCAAAUACGAAAGUGAAAAUACCGGAUUCGAUGGAUACAAAUUUGCAUUUGAGACAAGUAAUGGCAUCAGCCGAAGUGAAGAAGCUGAAUUAAAGAAUGCCGGCACGGAAAACGAAUCUAUUGUUAUUAGAGGCGUAAUAUCGUGGACAGCUCCCGAUGGUGUGCUGUAUACGAUUAAUUUUGUUGCAGACGAAAAUGGUUUUCAGCCACAAGGUGAUCAUAUCCCAAAGAAAUAAUUUGAUGAGUUUGAUGUAUGUUAAAUAUUCUCAAUUACAUUAGUGUCAUACUAACUUUUAAAUGCAAUAAAAAAAUACGAACAAAAAAAGCUGUA